AACAAAAAAUCAACGUGUGUGCUACCGUCGCGGUGCGCGGUUUCAAAUUUUCAAGAAUUUCCUAAAAAUUUAGAUCUAACAAGUAAUUUUACUGUCUGUAAUUUAUUGAAACAUGGAAGUAGAGGAGCCAAUUAAGGCGGCCCCGGUGGAAGCCUCGUCAGCUCCAGCGAAACUGCCGCAGAAACGAUUCUAUCGGCAGCGUGCGCAUUCGAACCCCAUCGCAGAUCAUACAUUCGAUUAUCCAGCUCAUCCGGAUGAUUAUGACUGGUCCCAGCACUAUCCAUCAAUUGGCGACCAACGGGUAGUGUUUGCCGACAUCGGUUGCGGCUACGGUGGAUUCCUGGUGACACUGGGAGAAAUGUUUCCGGACAAAUUUGCCGUUGGAAUGGAAAUCCGAGUCAAAGUAUCGGACUACGUGAUGGAUCGAGUGCAGGCGCUGCGGAAGUUGAACGACGGCCAGUACGGCAACAUCGCUUGCAUCCGCACGAAUGCCAUGAAGUACCUGACCAACUUCUUCCACAAGGGACAGCUGGAGAAGAUGUUCUUCCUCUAUCCGGAUCCACACUUCAAGAAGGCCAAGCACAAGUGGAGGAUCAUCAAUUCGGCGCUGCUGAGUGAGUACAGCUAUGUGUUGCGGCAGGGCGGGUUGAUUUAUACGGUCACGGAUGUGAAAGAUCUGCACGAGUGGAUGUGCAAGCACAUCGAACAGCAUCCGGCUUUCGAGCGGUUGACCGAAGAUGAGGUAAAAGCGGAUUUGCUAUCGGAAAAACUGCUUGAUAGUAGCGAGGAAGGCAAGAAGGUAACUAGGAACAAGGGAGAUAAGUUUGUUGCUAUUUUUAGGAAGAUUUGAAAAACACAUCUCUCGGACAUA